UAGACGAAGUGUUAAAAGCCAAUGUGAAUGGUUAUCGAAUAGGUCGCAAUGCUGAGCCAGAAAAUGUUACUAUUGGGACUAACGGGCAAGAUUUUUCUGACGCAACGGUGGUAAAUAAUAUCAAAUCACAUUUCUGGAAAUAUAAAGGGUUUGAAAUUGUUUCUUCGGAGCAAAAAAUGGCUACGGCGGCUAAUUGGGCUGCACAAGGUGGCCAAGGUGUUUUUCCUGUUUCAAAUAGAAAAAUUAUGAAAUAA